GGAGAAGACGACGAUGGUGAGUGAAACUAUUACCGAAAAGGAUGGAACGCGAUAGGUUGGUAGAAAGUUGGACAGAGCACUUCGAAGCAGAGUUCAACUGGUCCCCAGAAACGCCACAGUUUUUUAGCACUUGGUCUGAACCUGAAUGGAAUGCAGAUGUUGGUCCCCCUACUUUCCUUGAGAUUGAAAAGGCUGUAUGGAACCUGAAACGAUGUAAAGUAACAGCAGGACCUGACAGUUUGCCACCUGAAGUUUUCAAGGAUGGAGGUAAGAAACUACUGAUUCGAGUGACGGAGGUACUAAAUAGUGUUUGGGAAUCAGAGGGAGUACCAUUAGACUGGUCUACUUCUCUGAUAAUCCCAGUCUUUAUGCUUUUUGUGAACGGGGAGAAAUCUAGUGACGACCGUAGUGGAGUUAGUUUGACUAUUAUCGUGUUUAAGAUCCUAGAGUCCAUAGUAAUCCAACGCCGAACUGCAGCUCAAGAAAAGUCAGCAGGUUUCAGACAGAGUUGGACGAGAGUGCAUCGAUCAUAUAUUGAUCAUACGACAGAUUGUAGAACACAGGCACACCUACCGACCAAAGACCAACACUUGUCUUAUGUGUUGACCUGAAGGCGGCAUUUGACUCAGUCGACUGUGAAGUGUUGUGGCAG